GCACCCAGCUAUUUAUGUUGUGGAAGGCGUUUGUGCGAACCAAUUGUUUUUGGUUGUUGUGAGUCAACGUUUGUUGUUUCCUCAUCUCUCCGAGAAGCUUUGGGAAAUAUUCUGUCUUAGAAAACAAGCAAACGGAACGGAUACGAUCUUUGUCUCUCAAAUCAAAGCCAAGGCAACCUCGAACCAGACAUGAAUAAAACGGCAGGUAUAAACGGCACGGAGCCAGAAAUGAUUGAAGAAGUAAACCCGUCUUGGAGCGGAUUAACACAAGCUGAAGUGGUAGUGGUGGGGGCAGUUGGCGCAGUGAUUCUCCUCGCAACGUUGGCCGUUGUUCUACGUAUCAUCAUGCCUCGGGUACGGCGGAGAUCCACCAAGGAAACAGUUAUACCGCGGAAGCCGAUUGUUGAAGAGAAAACAGGAAAUCUUUUGGCUCCGGGAACACCAUCUUCUCAGUCAUCGCGCUCAACAUCAUCCCGUUCCAGUAACCAUGGCGACUGGUCCGAUGCCUCCUCCUACAAAACAAAGAGUACAUACUAUUCACAAAACAGCCUGUUUCCAGGGAAACCAAACUCAUUUAGUAACCUUCGUCAACAGGCGGGUCUCAAUUCUGCCAACGCAUCACCGGCCUCCUACAGAAGCAAGACAACCGAGAGACUGAACGAUGACUUGAUCUCCAUGAUAUCCCAACAGUCGAAUGUCCUGGAGCCGCUCAACCUGGGAGAGCAGUACAGAAGUAACUGGGAACAGACGUUUGAAGAGCAACACGCGGAGAAAGGACACACGAAUAUCAGCUACGUGUCCCAUCCGUCAGACAACAUCGUGAUGCCCGACAGAUACGACACCUACCCCUUCAGGCACACGCAGAUCAGCCCAAGAUCCCAGGAAACGCGCCCAGUACCAAUCAUCGUCUACCCCCAGCAAACGCGACUGUAGACUGCAUCCAUGUCUGUGUGAUGUAUUUAUCAAGUCUCAGUUAUGUGAUAAGGCGAGAUAGUGUGAUUGACAGUGAUUGACACAUGCGUGACGUGGAUGGAUGAUUGAUAUACCCAGUGAUUGAUCCGGGUUACUAGACAACUGGUUACACCCUUACCCAUGGACACUCGUUAUCUCGUCAUUUUGGUUUUGUCGAAAUGAACUCAACAUCCAAGCUACCUUUAAAAUCUCGAAGCUUCACCUGUUUAAAGGUGUGCCCUCGAGUGUCCUUAUUUCGAGUCUUGUGUAUCGGUGCGUGAUCGGUUUCCUUAGGUACAGGUAUGACACUGUAACAUAAAACUGAGUCACGUGACCCGGUGAACGUUUAUCAAAUGUGUUGUUGGAUGUUAUUUGUUAUUUAUACCAUCGUUUGUAAAUAUGUGUAUCAAAUAUGCAUAUUCAUGUGUUGUUCAUAUCUAAACCAGAUCUUACAUACCGUCAAUAUUAUUUAUCAUAAUAUGAAUAAUAAUGGCAAAUGACACAGCAAACAUCAUGAACGAGAACCAACACUUUCCAUGCCUUUCAUUCAUUCUAUCGUGUGUAAAUUUGUAUCAUUUUAAACAUUCCUGAAAAUCUCAAAGUGUGUUGCAUUAGUAUGAUACUGCAUCUACCUGCCCCUUCGUCCUCCAGUGAGGAACACAACCCUGAGAAGAUGGAGUCAGGGGGUAGGUCCAGUGGUCAAGCAAUGCCAUGUUGGGAGUUAUGUCCCUUGAUAUUCCACGGUUCGCAGGUCGGGUGUCGCAUCCCACAUUCGCCCCGACCAUGGCUGUUGGUCUGUCAGAACUUGUCCCGUGCUCUGGGGUUUCGACGAUCGUCAACGACGUGUGUAGUCGGGGUUGCUCUCACAUUACGAUCAACCGUUGUGAUAAAACUAAAAUAUUGUGCAUUGUUCUCAGUCAUUCGCUUGCUCAGUUCAGAACAAUGAAACCGAACACAUUACAAGUUUCCUCAGAGGUAAUAAAUUCUGCGGGAAAUUUUCUUUUCCAAAUGCAAUAUUACACAUUUAGUGGCAAUGUUGAAUGCAGAUUAAUACUGGAUGAUAUAUGUUGAAGAAUCACUACAGUUAAAUUGUCCCAUUGUUAAUACAUAUUGUGACAUUUCUGUUUGUUCUGUUCUCCCUUAGGAAAAAAAGCUUUGCGUACCUGCUUUCAAACAUGAUAAUAUCUGAACAGAACUAAAUUGAAGUGCAUUCGGAUCCCGCAAUUUGAAGCUAACAUUUGUUUAUAUGUAAAAUAUUAUUUUUGUAUUUUUUGUAUUGCUGUGAAUAAAAAUAG